CGCCACGCACAGAGUCCAGGGUUAGGAACGCGGCGAUGGCGACUCGGCUUUUCAGCGGGACGGACUGAGACGAGACCUGGAGCUUGUCGUUCGUUCGCCACGUCCUCUGCCGUGUCCUUCGCGCCGACCGCACGAAAAGUCGACGAGGAAGCCGCUACCGCGUCCCGUCGCGCACUUCGCUGCCAGAAUCAAAUGUCAUCUUUUUUGUCGAGACUCUCAACACGGAAUCUGAAGGUCGCCACACACAUUUCCUUCCUUUGAUCGAGAACCAGAUCCUGUACAGGAAGCAGGUGUUCCUGGGAGACCAAGCUGCAGGCUGUCACUGGGGCCAUGGAGGAGGAGGGGCAGCACAGCCUGGAGUGCAUCCAGGCCAAUCAGAUCUUCCCAAGGAAGCCCCCUGUCCUGGAGGAGGAGAACCUGCAGGUCCCCUUCCCUGAGCUGCACGGCGAGUUCACAGAGUACGUGGGGCGCGCCGAGGAUGCGGUCAUCGCUAUUUCCAGCUACCGCCUGCACAUCAAGUUCAAGGAGUCCAUUGUUAAUGUGCCUCUGCAGCUGAUUGAGAGCGUCGAGUGCAGAGACAUUUUCCAGCUCCACGUCACCUGCAAGGACUGCAAGGUCAUCAGGUGCCAGUUCUCCACCUUUGAGCAGUGUCAGGAGUGGCUCAAGAGGCUCACUGGUGCCACGAGGCCACCGUCUCGCCUCGAAGAUCUCUUCUCCUUCGCCUUCCACGCUUGGUGUGUAGACUUCUACGCUGGGGAGAAGGAACAGCAUGGGGAGCUUUGCAGACCAGGUGACCAUGUGACAUCUCGGUUCAAAAACGAGGUGGAACGGAUGGGCUUCGACACUCAGAAUGCCUGGAGGGUGUCUGAGAUCAACAAUAAGUACAGGCUGUGCCCCAGCUAUCCGCAGCUGCUACUUGUGCCAGCCUGGAUCACCGACAAGGAGCUGGAGAACGUAGCAGCUUUCCGCUCCUGGAAGAGGUUUCCAGCUGUCGUCUACAGGCACCAGAGCACAGGGGCUGUGAUCGCCCGCUGCGGUCAGCCGGAGGUCAGCUGGUGGGGUUGGCGGAACGCGGACGACGAGCACCUCGUCCAGUCCAUCGCCAGGGCCUGUGCUGUGGACACUAGCCUUCGCAAACACCUGGCCAACGGCUCAUGCACCCGUGAAUACCCCAACGGCACCGACCUCUCAGACACAGACUUCGACUCCUCCAUGACCAACAGCUCAGAGGUGGAGACCAUGGCCACCCAGCCCCAAAAGCUGUUGAUCUUGGAUGCCAGGUCCUACGCAGCUGCUGUGGCCAACAGAGCCAAGGGAGGCGGCUGUGAAUGCCCAGAAUACUAUCCCAACUGCGAGGUGGUCUUCAUGGGCAUGGCCAACAUCCACUCCAUCCGCAAGAGCUUCCAGUCUCUGCGUUUUCUCUGCACACAGAUGCCUGACCCAGCUAACUGGCUUUCGGCUCUGGAGAGCACCAAGUGGCUGCAGCACCUGUCCCUCAUGCUCAAGGCUGCCCUGCUGGUGGUGAACGCCGUGGACCGGGACCAUCGGCCCGUCCUGGUGCACUGCUCCGAUGGCUGGGACCGUACACCCCAGAUAGUGGCCUUGUCCAAGCUCCUGCUGGACCCUUACUACCGCACCAUCGAGGGCUUCCAGGUCCUCGUGGAGACGGAGUGGCUGGACUUCGGGCACAAGUUUGCCGAUCGCUGUGGCCAUGGGGAGAACUCUGAGGACGUGAACGAGCGCUGCCCUGUGUUCCUGCAGUGGUUGGACUGUGUGCACCAGCUGCAGCGCCAGUUCCCCUGUUCCUUCGAGUUCAACGAGGCCUUCUUGGUGAAGCUAGUGCAGCACACCUACUCCUGCCUCUUUGGCACGUUCCUGUGCAACAGCGGGAAGGAGCGUGAAGACCAACACAUCCAGGAGCGGACCUGCUCCGUGUGGUCGCUGCUGCGCCCAGCCAACCGCGCCUUCCGGAACAUGCUAUACUCAUCACACUCCGAGACGGUGCUCCAUCCCGUGUGUCACGUUCGCAACCUGAUGCUCUGGACCGCCGUCUACCUACCCAGCUCCUCCCCCACCACGCCUUCUGAUGACUCCUGCGCCCCUUACCCCGAGGACCCGCUCCCCGGCAGACUCCCAAAGACAAGGUCUUUCGACAACUUGCCCAGCGCCUUGGAAGUGGGUGGCUCCUUGGCCCCAAAUCGGCGGUCCAGCGACCCCAGCUUGAAUGAGAAGUGGCAGGACCACCGGCGCUCUCUGGAGCUCAACAUCGGGGCUGGGCCUGAAGGGGGUGGGCUACCAGACCCUGAUGGGAGGAGCAGUAACACUUCAGGGGUGGGGUCUGCAGAUGGAUGGCCAGACAGAGAGCUAGAAGGGGAGAAGCUUCCGGCAGAGGUGGGGGAGGGACUAGAAGAGGGGAAGAUUCUGAGGGUGACGUUGCCAGGAGAGGAGAGCAUGGAGGAGGUGGAGCUCUCUGUCGGGGUGGCCGAGGGCCAGAUGGAGAACAUCCUUCAAGAAGCGACAAAGGAGGAUGCUGGGCUGGAGACGCAAAAGGGCGCUGGUGCUUGUAAUCCUGAGGGGGCUGCUCUUGAUUCGGAAGCCCCAGCCAGCCCCAGUGUGGCCCCCCCUGUGUCUGCAGGGCUCCCAGUUGGUGUGGGGACUGUGGAGGAAGACGCGUCCAAGGAGUACCAGGGUAUUGAGCUGGGACAAGCCGCCCUGGAGAUACAUCCCAGUCCCGAGGACACAAAUGGUGCCGUUGCUUCCAACCCCUCCCUGCCGGACUCCUCAGGGAGCUUGACCAAUGGUCACGCUGAGUCAUUCUCGGGGGAGCUGGGUGCCAGUGCUGAGAACCGUCACGAGGUCCCUCAUCUCAGCCAGCGUGCCGUGGAGGCGCUAGAGCUGCGUGAGGACAGGAUCUCCCUGAUGGAGAGCUCCACAGAGACGCUCACCGAGGAGGGGGCUGCUCGGCAAGAUGUCCCGGGGCAGCUGUCCACCUCCCCGUUGUCCCGGGUGCCCCCCGAUGACAAGACUCCGUCUCAUUACCUCAGAAGGAAAGGACCCAUUGAGGCGGAGUCUGAGGAGGGCGGGUCCAGGACUUUACGGCCCUCCCCCAGUGCCUUGCCGCCCCUGUGUGCUGAGCUCGGCCAGCAGGGGUCCAUAUGCAACGGGGAGACCCCUGAGGCAGAGCCCCGUGUCAACAGCCAACGCUCCCCCCUCAGUCGCCAGGUGUCGGCGGCCAGUUGUGGCUCUCUUCCGCCAGUGCCCCUCCGAGGGCCCGGCCGCUGUCCGCAGCGGCCGCCUUCAAGUCCCGAGCAGCCAACACGGAGCCACCUGGAUGACGACGGGCUGCCCGUGCACAGCGACAUGGUGCAGCAGCGACUACGGCAGAUCGAGGCCGGACACCAGCUGGAGGUGGAGACGCUCAAGCGGCAGGUGCAGGAGCUGCGCAGCCGCCUUGAAAUUCAGCAGCAGGGCGGCGGCCUGCGGGUCAACGGAGAUGUGGGCGACGAAGUGACCUCCAUCACGGACUCUGAGUGCAACCUGGACGCCAACUGCCUGUCACGCUGCAGCACGGAGCUCUUCUCAGAGGCCAGCUGGGAGCAGGUGGACAAGCAGGACGCAGAGGUGACCCGGUGGUACCCGGAUCACUUGGCAGCGCAGUGUUACGGGUGCGAGAGCAGGUUCUGGUUGGCCACCAGGAAGCACCACUGCAGGGGCAGGGAGCCGAUUGAAGAAGCCUGGAACUGCGGUAACGUGUUCUGCGCCACCUGUUGCGACCAGAAGAUCCCUGUGCCGAGCCAGCAGCUGUUCCAGCCGAGCCGCGUGUGCAAGGCGUGUUAUGGCAGCCUGCAGCUCUCCGCUGCACCCCGGGAGCUGGAGAAACCCAUUGCUGCCAGCUCCAACUAGGUCCCGCCCCCUUCGCAGGGCCCCCUCCAUGGAUGGAGUGAAGUCAGGGGACCUGGAGGACCUGAGAGAGAGCGAGAGAGUCUCUCCAACGCACUUUGGCGCCUGGGUGUUAGUGCACCACAUUGUCCUGCUUGAGGGGAAGUUUGACGUGUACAUAGCGGCGCCGCACACAGGUGCAGGUGGGCGACGCACUUUGGAAAGCUGGCGUGCUCCGGGCCGGCGAGCCCGGGGGGUCAUGUGAACGCACAGAACUGUGGGAGUGAUACGGAGGGAUGCACACGGGUGACGGGAAGGACGCUCAACCCGGACUCGGGUCGGGCCGGAGAGGCGAGGCACUGGAGCGCGCUGUUUGAGGAUGACCUUCCUUUGAGGCUUUUCUUCUCCCGUUUCCAAGGACUCUUUGAGUCAACGCUGUCAAUCAUCUGGUGUUUGCUGUUGUUGGUAGAACAGGGCAGGUGUGGCGGUGUGCUGCCUGGUCCCUGGUCCCUCACCCUGGGGUGGGAUUCUGGGUUAGAGGCCGAUCCAGAACAUUCCCCGUAGCCCUGGGUCCUCCAUACUGCCCUGCCCCUGUGAAAGGUUUUUGGUAGGAGGAUCUUUGAUGUGGCUGAACAGGUACUGUGGUACUGGUGUGUGCGUGUGGUGUUAAACAACAAAGCACGUUGCAGAUGGGAAUUACGGCUUCGGCCACAGAAAUCUCUUAAUCCCCGAUCCUUUGGACUGCUGGAAAGUGAAUGUUUGUAGCGACAUUGGGGACCCCCCAAUGGCUUAUUUGAGUUUGGUGUGGCAUGAGAGAGAGUGGUGAAGACUAUUUGUUUCUGGAAGGACAUGAUCCACCCCCGAGGACGACCGCGGUCCUUCGUGCGCUUUGUAAAAUACCGACAGUAAACAAGAUGUACAUAUGAAUAUAUAGCACUUCAGGACUUAUCUUUAAUCAAUGGCUCGAAGUAUGUCACCAAAAAGUUUUUGCUUCUCUCCAAUCAAGGUGAGGGUGAGGUCAUCCGAGGUAGUGCUGGGGGGGGGUGUCCUCAUGAUGCUGCUGGGUCUAAAGUGUGUUUCCAUGAUGCUGUCACUACCUGCUUUUUCUUCUAUUUAUUGGCAUUUUUUCAUGUCAGACCUUAAAAUCUUCAAACUGAACUUCUGCAAGAUAAUCACACAUCUGGGGGUCUCAGCUGUGAUUUAACAGGUCGCCUUAAUGUCGACACUGGAGGCCCUCACCCCUUGAAAUAAGUACCUCUCUCCAUGUGUUCUUGUGAUUUUUCCCUCCUCUCUCUUCUGCAUUUUGGCUACUUUGCGAACAGAAAGAUGUUUGUUUGUUCUCUGUCCUGCACCGGAAUGUCUCUUUACAGCUGUUUGGCCAUCGAGUGCCACCAGGAGCCGUUUUCAGCUCAUACUUUGGACUUGUACGUCUGUGUUCCAGAGGCUCAGCACACGACCACACGUGGCAGCAGCUUCCAUUGAUUUUUUUUUUCCCUUUAAAUUUUAUAACUGACCCCCGUUCCGCCACAGAUUAUUUGAUAUGUUUGUGUGCCUCGAGACUCGCAGUGCAGCCCUUUCUGGUAAAACGCAAGCUGGAUGCGUCCCGGAUGAGUCCACUCUUCACUCCCCCCCAGCUGGAAGUCGCACUCCUGCUGUGUAAGGUUAGCAGGUAGACUAUCAGUCACAGAAUGUGAAUUUUUUUUUUUUU